UACUGUCAAAUUUGGCAGUGGAAAAAAUAGUUGAUGAAAGUAAUGAAAUUAAUUAAUGAAAGCUUGCAAACAUGUUCGAUAAAAAUGAUGGUGUAACUCCCGGAUAAUAUGCGCUGAUACAUUUUGGUUUAGCGCUACAAUACUAUUAUUUUUUAAGAGAGUAUGGCUUUACUUUUAUUUUGAAACAUCUCGCCCAGACGGUUACCGGAAAUUGUUUUAUUGUUGCUUCACACUUCUGCUAAAAUAAGCGACUGAAAGAAAAAACGCGUUGUUUAAAAUGAGCGACAUUAGUUUAAUGAUACUAUCCUUAAACUGAUUAAUUCCGACAACUUUACAAGGUUUUAGAAGUUCAGGGCACAGGGUGUCCUAGGUGUAAUUGGGCUGCUGUGUAGCUAACCCUAACUGGUUGAUAAGUGCACCUUUCGUUAUUGACAUAAAAUGAACUUUUCGGCUGCAAAAAAUGAAAUUGUGCACUUGCUGUCUCGGGUAGAUGUUGGCGAACUUCCUAAAUUGAUUCAAUGGAUGAAAAACUCAGAAGAAUUGGAUGACUGGUUUAUGGACAAUGAAAAGGUUGUUCUCCAGAGCAUUGCAGAAGACCUGAGAACUUGUCUCCCAGUAGAAGCAAUGUUGCCUUCAGAAUCCCUAGCCAUAGAGAAGGCCCAACAGGACUCCAAACCCACAGUGCAUGUUGAUGCCUUCCUGUACGACGAGGAGGCGGUCGAUUUGCUGUGUGAGGAGGGCAAAAUGAGCCGGGACUACUGCCUACUCUGCGGAUCUCACAGAACUGCACCUCUCGGGUUCAUCUCCCACUCUUUCUCUGCCUUGGAGCUUCGCUUCCUGUUCCAGAACGUUCUCCCAGAUCUGUCAGGAAAAAUGCUGGUAGACGUGGGCUCCCGGCUCGGGGCAGUACUCUAUGGGGGCUGCCUAUACAGCUCAGCAGCUCAACUGGUCGGGGUGGAGAUCAGUGCCGAAUUCGCCAACCUUCAGAGGAUGGUUGUAGAGAAGUAUGGCUUCACUGAUCGAGUCCAGGUUAUCCAUGCAGAUAUCUGCACCCAGGCCUCCCUUCUUCAGAAUGCUGAUGUCAUUGUCAUGAACAAUGUGUUUGAGUACUUCCUGGAAUCCACUGAGCAAAUGAGAGCUUGGCAUUGCAUCGGCCAAAAUGUGAGGAAGAAAGGUGCAUUGCUGGUCACUGUACCGAGUGUACAGGAGGCUUUCUCUGCACUGCAGGGGAUGAACGGGGUGAUAGACAUCAACCAGUGGCUGGAGGAGGUGCCCCUGGAUUAUGAUGUCUACUUGGGGAAGGACACUGACCCUGAAUCCUUUAAACAGAUCCAUCUCUACAAGGUCCUGUGAUAUUGGGCAGGAACACAAGUGUGAUCUGAACUUUCACUGGGUGGGAUGAAAAGACUGGAGUGGAGUUUUUGGACUGGUAUAAGCAGGAGAUGGUUAAUAAUGAGGGACAGCCCUUUGUGUGUUGCUGAGGACAGUGCAUCACGUUGCAGUAGUGUAUGGAUCCGGGCGUUCUUGGUCAGUUGUAUGAGCAGGAAUGGCAGUGUAAAAGGCAAUGCUCAUCAUUUGCCGUCUUCCACACGGAUGCACUCUGCAUAGAGUCCUGUAUGACAGGUUAACCAAGAGUUUAUCACAUCUUAUUAUUAGUUUUGUCAUUUAUGUCAUUUCUGUGAAAUAGUUUGACCGGAACGUACUCUGGCCAAACGGUAUACUAUAGCCACAAAGCGUAUGUUUGGAUAAAUGAACAGCAAGCACUUAACUGUGUAACAUUUGUUAAACAUCAGUGUACCAACACACAGGUAGGCAUGUUUGCAACAGGCAAAACCCAAGUACUCUUCACUGUUUUGUCUGUAACAAAAUGCUGCCUGUGCAAGAUUUGAAAUUCUUGUUACAGUUUAAUAAAAAAAAUAAUUUUGAACACAGGUAUCCUUUACUGUUUUAUGUAUAUUUUUGAACAAAGAAAACAUACCAAAAAUGUAUUUGCUCAUUUUUCAAAUAUGGUCCUAUGGUUCCACGCAAUGGGCCAUGCAUGUGUAAUUUGACCUAUUUGUUUAUUGCUAUUUACAACAACAAAAAAACAGUAAAUGCCAUUGGUGUAUUACAAUUUAAAAUAUCAAACUUUGUCAGAUACAGUAUAGAGAAAUGAGAUGCAGCAAGUCAGAGAAUGAGUGACAUUCAAUGCAUCUACAGCCAUUUCAGAAAUAUAAUUAUGAGAUAAUAAGAUUUAUUUAAAUGUGAAAACAUUUAAUUCAAGUAUUUAAACGUCCAAAUUAAACGACAGUCAGUUUACCAGUAA